UGGCUUGCAUUUCAUUAGGUACUUGAACCCAGAGCACUUCCAUUGUCUAGAGAGAGAUGAGCUUUCUUUAAUGGCCGCAUUUAGGUACGAGCUCCCGUCUCAAGGUUUAUUGCAGAAGCGACCUCUCAUUGUGAAAGGUCCUAUAUGUAUCCCCAGGAAACUUGCUGGCAAUUGUUCUGAUGUUUUCUUCCGAGUCGAUCUUGAACAUUGAGCUAAUAGACAAGCUUUUACUCAUGAUAUUGUUUCUUAAUCUUUUGGACUUUAUCAUUAUAUGUUCAUCCGGUUAAAUUUCUUUUAAAAGGUUUGGAGUUUUGGUGAUUAUUUUAGACAAUUUAAUCCUCAUGACAGUUUAAAUUGAAAACAUUGUAUGUGGUUAGCCCUGCAUUAGAAUUUUUUGUUCUGGUAGAACUUCAAUGAUAAUUGUCCUGGGAUUGAUCUUUUGCAGUUCUAGAACUUAAAAAGUUAACCAUGUUGUUGGACAGCUCAUUCUGCUCCAUAAGCAGUUUCUAUUAAAGUAUGCAUGGGAUUAAUGUCGUUACAAUUUGCACAUAGUUUCAAGAAACAUGAAAUUCCCAUUUUGGCAGGGGAGACUGUUUCUUUUGCGUCAACAAUGGGAUUUUUGUUUGGCUGUGUUUUUUAGUGCAUCAUUCCGUUGAUCUUAUUUGGUUGCAAUAUCGUGUUUUGUGUGUGUCUGCUGUUGUAUUUUGUGUGAAAUUGAGUUCCCGUUUGAAUUCAUGAUAACUACAUAUUUCGGUGAAGAGUGCCUUCUGUGUUUGUUAGAAGACUGCCUGGUGAGGUCCAUUUAAUUUUUAGAGUUUUGUGCUUCACCUGACAUUUUAUUUUACCUACAAUCUUACUACCUCUAGGCAUUGAUGAUGGCCCACAAAAGUCAAUCGUCUGAGCAGAUAAUCUUUCUUGUCACACACUUAUAUGGAUACCUUUUCCUGCAUUUAAACAGUAGGCCUUGGAAGUGCAACCAAGAUGGGAGAUCCAUUGAUCUAGUGGCUUUUAGCUUGCUGCUAACACUGAUGUUGCCAUGGAGAGCAGCCAAGUGGAGGCUACUUGGCAAGAACCUCUGGUUAUUGUAAGAGUUAGAAAUUUCAAGAGUUAUGGUGGGAGGAAAAUUUGAGGAAAAUUAUGAAAAUGAUUGUGCAUCGUUCAGACAGUAUGUUCAUAUGCAUGUCAUAUUCAACACUGCCGGGCUCUUUCACAUAGGCUUGGUUUCUGCUUUGUUUUUCAACACACCAUGCGGUAGGUAAUUGCUGUGUGGUUUGGGUGUCCAAGGUAUCCUGCUGCCAUUAGGUUAUACACAUUCAGUAUACUAAUUAGAGGGCUCGGUACCAUCCUCCCAGAUUCAGCUUUUGCUAUUUUCUUUUAAAAGAAAUCAAAAGGAUCCAUGAAAUUCAUUUGUUACUCCCCUCUUGACUGUUUAGUAGCAACUAGCAUGACUGUGUAAAACUUGCCUCUUAUUAAUGGCGUUUCAAAGAGCAUUGCAGAUGCUUCUAGGUUUUUCAGGUCGGUUGAGUGCUGCAACACAACAGUAGAUAGCAGCUUGUACAGUUUUGGUAAAGGGCGGAAGAACUCUUUCCCUAUAACACCUCAUGGUAGCUCAUUUGACAUGUUCAACAUGUUUUCUAUUAGUUUCAGAAGUAAUUUAGCUUGCAAAUACUAAUUUUUUAUAUUAGCCAUUGUGUCUGAUUGUAUUUUGAGUACGAAAAGCAGUUCUCAUGUCAAAGUAGUGUGGAAUGUUGACACAAUAAACAGAAAAGAAAGAGAGGGAAAAUUUUCCGGAGUGCCUUCUAUACAUUUAUCUAUUAUGAUUAGAUUAUCAGGUCUCUUCAAUUUCCUCUGAAUGCAGUUUUUUUGCUACUGUUUUCUGUCUCUGGAAGCUCUACUAUAUAAAUGUUAUUACAGUGUCUAAUCCUGUAAUGAUGGAGCUGUUAGAAAGCUCCCAUUAUGUACAACUGUCAACUUUCAUGUGCUUAUUCAAAAAACCUGCAGCUGAAAGCUUGGCAUCAACAUCAUCAGGUACUAUGAGCUGCCUAAUAAUUUCUAUUUUGGUUUUGAAAUAAUUUUGCGGUUAGGAUUUUGUUUUUUGAUAACUACUCAACGGGAUACAACUUCCUCAAUAUCCGAACUUGCUAGGAAUAUCAGUUCCACGGAUUAUGUUUAUUAUAUUCCAAGUUUCAGUUUCUUCCUCCUCCUUAUCACUCAGUAUGAUUCGUAUGUAUUUAUAAUUAUAUUUAUAUAUUGCACAUCAAAGUACUCCCAUUUACAUACUUAAAAUAAUGUUAAGCUGAAGACCUUAGUUUUGACUAAUUAUGCCAUCGCUUUGGCAUCAUAGCCUGUUUCCUCCCCGUUUCAACUUUCAACCACCACCCUUUUUGCAAAAUAAGCAUGAAUUCUUCGAGUAUCACCCUUCGCCCAUUCAGAGUAACGGACACUGAUGAUAUCAUGUUAUCGAUGGCCGAUGAUCGAGUAACGCGAAAUCUCCGAAGGAAGACCAUAACCUCUAAAGAAGAAGCUUUGACUUUCAUCAGGGAAGUCUGCAUCCCCCAUCCUUGGCGGCGAUCAAUAUGCGUUGAUGACCGAUCGAUUGGAUCCAUCUCCAUCUCCCCUGGAACGGGGGAUGAGCGGUGUAGGGCAGAGAUUGGGUACGCCAUAGCAGUUGAUUACUGGGGCCAGGGGAUCACCACCAUGGCAGUGAAGAUGGCACUUUCUCAGGUUUUUAAGGACUUUCCUGAUGUAGUGAGACUGCAGGCUUAUGUUAAUGCAGAGAAUAAGGCCUCCCAAAGAGUAUUAGAGAAAGCUGGUUUUCUCAAGGAGUGUCUUGUAAGGAAAUACGCCUAUCUCAAGGGCAAGCUACAGGACUUGGUUAUCUAUAGCUUUCUAUCUACAGAUACGAUUCCUGCAGAUCCUUAAACUUAUAUGCAGUUUCUG